AUGUCGACUGCACGCAACACCUUUGAUCCUGACCAAAGCCCGGGUCAGCCUCAACUCAAGAGACACAAGGUGCUGCCCCGACCUGGUAGUGUCCGCAGUCAGGGUCUAGACGCGUCUCCGUCCAAGCGGUCACACAGAUCACAGAGGUCCCAACCUGAGCUCGCCAUCGACACAUCCGUUGCAGGCACGACCUCGCAGACCUCGAGCCCGCGAACCCUCAAGCAUCAGUCGAAACGUAUAGGUGCUGGCCCGGAGCUGCCACCAACUCCUCCCACGCAUUCACGCACGUCGUCCAGUAGUCAAUCGGCGUUGCCGUCUAGUCCAACCCUCGCUGUGAGCCCGAGCCCGGGCCCGUCCUCUCUCCAAACUCCCAAGAAUGAAUCCGACCUGGCCCCAGCAACACCGCCGGACCAGCGCAGUCCUCUGACGCCCGAUGUCACGCCACCUCAGCCUGCCACUCGAUUACAGGCACCUCCUCGCUUGACGCUGGCGCAUAGGGGCGCCAGUCACGCAACGACAGUGGACUCCCGAGCAGACUCGUUCCAAACGGCGCGAGAGGACCCAAUAUCGUCUGAAGGCGAGGAUCAGGGGGACGGUACUUCCACAGCUCGACCUGCUUCAUCCUCGGGCGGAACAUCAGGAACGAUCUCCCGUAAAGCCUCCGAUACGCCUUGCUUCCGUAUGCCGAACCCCAAGGCCUUGGACUUGGCCCUGGCCCAGCUCACUGCUUCCGCACAACGGCAAAACGAGGCUCGGUUUGAACGAUCAAAUACUGCAGCGGAACCCGGAAUGGCAAGGAACGUGACUGUCAUGAAACGGCAACCUGCAGAUGCUGUGGCAGCUUCGGGCAGCCGCAGAUCCGUUGCGGAGGACCCUUUUCAGGCACUUGGCGCAAACAACGCCACGCAAGCUGUUCGUCAGAUGUCACUCAAUGAAAAGGCGUCACCAGGCUCCUCAUCCAAAAGCCGACCCGCAACGAGGUCAUCUUCAGGACCAUCAGGUUCAGAUACGUCGGUGUCCACGAGCCAUCAGAGAUCGUCUGAAGUCUCCUCCCGCUCAAUCAGAUCUACAGUUAAAGCAUUUCUCAUCGAGGCCCCACGACCACCUCAGCGGCAGAGGACUUUGCGUCACGUUCAGAAGCAGAGUUCUUUGCGUCACCUGGUCUCCGCGCCUCCUGGCCAGCCCGCCGCAGCUGCAGCUGCAGCAGCACCUGCCGUCGAGAGAGGCAGAUCUACUGUCUCGAGACCCCCACUGGCGAACCAACGACACGAGCGCGCAGCGAGGCACGAUAGUUUUGCUUCCACCACAUCAGCGGGCUCCACGGCCAACGGGAAAGCCCGACGCGAUGUCUGGAAAAACGGCGGGAUGCCUGUGGCCGUCGUCCCGGACCGACGAUCAUCAAGGUCGCAGUCGAGGGAGCCCUCUCUUCGAUCCACGUCUAGCAGGCGGUUGCGGAGGACGCAGAGCGUAAGCUCAGCUCCUGGCGAGACUCCUCCACUGGAGGCACCCUUCGGCCAAGAGUCGGCACCAAAUCUAGAUCGCCUGGUCCCUCGUUCACGAACAUACUCGGUAUCAGACGCGUCUGAUACCCGGACGAUGGACUUUCCUCCCAUGAUCCCCGUCAGAUCAUCGUCACUGUCGGCACCCACUAGCAGAAACGUGUCGAGGGCUGCUUCGAUGACAGCAGGCAGUGUUCAGACAAAGGAUGCUUUGCAUCGACAAAUGUCAGAGCCAAGACCACGGAUCCGAAUGCUGUCACCUCCCCGUCUGGGCUCGCCUCUUUUCGCAUCCCCCAAGCCGGAAAGCGAGGGAGAUGGUCGCUUUGAUAGCGACCGACAAGAGGACGGCCAGUCUUCCCGCAAAUACUCUUCGAGGAACACACCGUUCUCUAUUGCUUCGCUGGAGACAAAUGCAACUAAUCCUGAAGUCUCGGAGGCGCAGGCGGUGCACAUGUACUCGCACCAGAAUUCGUCGCUGUUGAUGGUCAACAACAGCUCGGGCCGGCCGUCCGAGGCGACUGACAGCCCCCAGGAAGGACAGGAUGAUCGGUUCCAUUUGCCGAGCCUACAGCCGCAAACCGUCCAGGCAACUGUGACGCCUGUAGACGACGUGCCUAUAACUCCUCCACAGCCCACCUUUCUGCUGGACGAUGUCGACUCGCCGCUUCGUAAUCCCCGGGCGCCUCCUGAGCCACCGGUCGAGCCACCUGCCAUCACUUUCACUUCGGCUACACCUUCAGGAGCAACGCCGGCUCCAGACAAGGCUUUGCAGCUCGGAAACUACUUUGACACCAUGGCCGAGGUGCCUCCGCCUGAGCGCCGACGUUCCAUCGUGGGGCGGGCCUUUAAGCGUGGUCGGAACAACUCGACGUCCUACCCCCCGAACUCCUCACGAUCAACAGGUCUUCUCAAGAGGGCCUUUUCUCUCUCACGGAGGAGGAAUACCUCAGAUCAUCGCCUGAGCUAUAGUAGAGAGUAUCCAUCGGAAGUCAUGACACCUCCAGAAGAGGACAAGCUUCAUCCAUUCUGGCGUUCGCAGUUCGACGAUGAUGACUCCGACGAUUGGGACGAUCGGUACAAUGGACGGGAUGAAGAGCACGAGGAGGAAGUUGAAAGUCAUAUGCGGUAUCCGCCGAUCGACAACCGACCAUCGAAGCCAAAGCGCCGCUUCAGUGAGAAGAUGAAGCGCACUUUCGCCAUCAUGCCAAUCCGGGACGACGAGGAGCACAGUGCUGACGACGUCUACGGACCCGAACGACGCACGAUUCGUCGAACCCCUAGCGGGAACCUGCGCGUCAUGCGUCGUCGCAACAGCGCCUCAUCCCUACGACGACGCUUCAGUCAGUCGGACCGACCUGAGACAGCGCCCGAAGAGGACCGUAGCCGGGGCUUCUGGCGCGGCAUGAGCUCGAGUGGACGGACAAGGUCAGAAAGCCGGAGGAGGUUCUCUCUUGGCGACCAAUUUGAAGAAAUUCAGAAUCUAUCCAGGAAGCUGAGCGACAGGCGACGAGAGAGGCGCACGCGAGAGCUGCGCCAGAAAAUCAGCGGCCCUCGAGACGUACGCGACGGCGUUGAGGAAAUGAUCAGGUCCAGCAGCCAAAGGGAACAAGAUGAGGAGUACGACCCAGGCGCGUAUCGUCGCGUCAUAUAAUAAGGACAACGUUGAGGGAAACGACGUUACUUUACGGGAACUACGAGAGUUAUUGGUUUUCGAAUGGGCUUUGAUUUUUCAUGAUUUUUUGCGAUUUUAACGAGGGACGAUUUUACGCUUUUUGCUACGCAUCCAGGAUUUCGACUUCUGCUGCACCGGUCUAUAAGGCAGGGCCUACGAACAUACGAAAACACGCCGACUUGAGGGGGAAGGGAGGGAUUUUUGGUUUGGCCAUGCUAUUUGCUCGAUGAGACGCAGGCGCUCUUCGCAGCUGGGUGUCAUUUGGGUGCCAUUUGAAUGCAUGGGAACGUCGCGUGUGUACUAUAGAUAUUUACGACGAGUUACGAUACCAAUGAGGCGCUGGGACGU